AUGGGGCUGGCACGGUGCCUGGCGGCUGCCUUCCUCCUCCUCCACCUCCUCCUGGGUUUGAGCACUGGCCAACGGGUGGUGACUGUUCAGAAGGGGCCCCUCUACCGUGUGAGGGGGUCCCACGUCACGCUGUGGUGCAAGGUGAGUGGCUACCAGGGCCCGGCGCAGCAGAACUUCCAGUGGUCCAUCUACUUGCCCUCGGCCCCUGAGCGGGAGGUGCAGAUCGUCAGCACUGUCGACCCCUCCUUCCCCUACGCCAUCUACACCCAGCGCGUGCGCAGCCGGGGGAUCUACGUGGAACGGGUGCAGGGGGACGCUGUCCUGCUGCACAUCACCGACCUGCAGGACCGGGACGCCGGGGAGUACGAGUGCCACACGCCCAGCACCGAUGAGAGGUACUUUGGGAGUUACAGCGCCAAGACGAACCUCUCAGUGAUUGCAGACACCCUCUUGGCUUCCAUGGUGCCCCAGGUCCUCACCCGCACCGAAGGGGACGCAGUGGAGCUCACCUGCGAGGUGUCCAAGUCCACUGCCCAGCACACACAUCUCUCUGUUGGCUGGUACCGUCUUCAGGGAGCAGGAGAGCACCGCGCUGAGGAGGUCCUCACCCUCUCCAAGGACUUCGUCUUGAGGCCAGGGCCCUCUUACGUGCAGAGGUUUCUGGCGGAGGACGUGCGGCUGAACAAGGUUGGGAACACCACAUACAAGCUCUCCAUUGGGGGAGUGGAGCCAUCCGACCGGGGGCAGCUAUACUGUGAGGCAGCCGAGUGGAUUGAGGAUCCCGAUGAGACGUGGAAGGACAUCUCCCGCAAGCAAACAGGGAGGACGUCACUGGCGGUCAUGAGCCAGGGCAGAGACCUCUCCGUGGACAUCGCUGCUGCUGAAACCUCCCUUUCUGAAGGUGAUACCUUGCAGCUAAAUUGCAUGGUGGGAGCCCAGAAGAGCAGCAGCAGGCACUUUCAAGUGCUUUGGCUCCUCAACAGUGUGGAAGUGGCCAGGGUUGACCCCCAUGGGGUAUUGAUUUGGGAGGAUGAAUAUGAGGAGAGAGCCAAGCUGGGGCAGCUCCGAGCAUUCAAGCAAAGCAACGUGGUUUAUGUCCUCACCAUCUACGAGGUGGAGUUGAAGGACAACGGUAUGUACCACUGCUCUGUUUCGGAGGUGAAGACUCCUGGAGACUUUCACAGCAUCCAAACCAAUUUGUCAUCAGGCAUCCAAGUCGACGUGAAGCCGAUAGAGAGGCACAUGCGCCUGUCCGUGUCCACCAGCACACCGCAGGUCAUGGCAGGAGAUGCCUUGAUCCUCUUUUGCGAGGUGCAAGGAGCGUCCAGCCCCAUGUCUGUGCAGUGGUGGCACCUGCCACCACAGCACCCAGGUCCCCGGGUGCCGGUGCCCACCAUGGAGCGGGACGGCACCCUGAGCCUGGGCAGUGCCUACCAGGAUGGCAGGACUCGGGGGAGCCUCCGGCUGGAGAAAGCAAGUUCUGGCGCUUUCACGCUGGUGAUCCCCAACACAUUGGAUGAGAGCGAUGGUGGGCGGUACAGGUGCGAAGCGACAGAGUGGUCCCGAGGCCAGAGCUGGACAGAGGAGGGGGAGACAGUAGUGACAGUCAGCUCCAUAGGUCUCGGUCUGCACGCCAUGCUGAGAAGCCGAAUUGCCACCGUCAGAUACGGGCAGAGUUUUGAACUCGACUGCCAAGUAAAUGCCAGCUACCCCCUCAAGGAGGUGCCGGUGUUGGUGGGUUGGCUCUUCCAGCCCAGCCCACCCACAGGCCACUACCACGAGCUGGUCCGGGUCCUUCCCAGCGGCACCGUGGCCUGGGGGACAGCGCAGCCACACUUCCAGGCGAAAACCCAGCUGACGAAGGCUCCCACCUCCUUCAGGCUGCGCAUCCACAAUGCCGUGGCUGCCGACAAGGGGACAUACCAGUGUGAGGUGGAGGUCUGGGGUAGGAAAAGCAAGCUUCAGGUAUCUACGAAAGAGAGCUCUGUGGAGAUUGCUGGCGGUGCUGACACAGCCAUUGAGUGCAAGAUCGUGUUUGCCCAGAAUAAUUCUCAUUUCACCGUUACCUGGUACCUCCUACCUCCUCCUCCGGCAGAUGCAAACCCCCUGAAAAUCAUAAGGGCCCACUACAGCAGCAUACUGGAAUAUGGGGCUGAGUUCAGCUCUCCUGCACAAAAGUCCCGGUUCCUGAGCCAGAGGGUGUCCAGCAACAUUUUCUGGCUGCGGAUUCUCUCUGCGAACCCCAGGGACGAGGGCAGGUACUACUGUGUGGUAGAGGAAUGGCUCUGGCUGGUGGACGGCUGGUACAAACUCGGAGAGGGAGCAUCAGGAAGGACCACGCUGGCGUUCAAGCUCCCAGAGCACGAACUGCACCUGGAGAAGACCAACGGCAGCAUCUCGGAGAGCCUGGCGGGCAGGCGCCCCCUCCGCCGCCCCACCGCCGGUGACUUCAGCCUGACACUGCGCAGCGUGGAGAAGGGUGAUGCCGGGGUGUAUCACUGCCAGGUGCAGGAGUGGCAGCAGCAGACCGAGGGGAAGGACAGGGCUCUGGAAGCCCAGGCGCACUCAGGGUACAUUUGGCUCACCACCAUCCCACCAGGUAGCCAGUAUGAAUUCUUAAAAAUUGAGUCAACUGUUUUUUCUAGGAUCUGCUCAUCCCCACCACUGCUGAACUUCAUCCUAUACUUACCGCUGGUCCUGAUCCUUCUCCUGGCCCUUGCUGGCUUCUGCUGGUACUUCAAAUUCAGAAAAAGCAAAAAGGGCAAUGUCACAGGAGACCAGCUGAUGGAACUGCAAGGGGCUGGAGAGGUCAGGAAAACCUAG